GUAUUAAAAGAACGGUUGAGGACCGUCAUGUCCCUCAGAGCAUGAUGUGAUUGUUCUGGUCACAUAACGUUUUAUCAUGUUUUCUGCUUUUGUUCAGCCAACUGAGCCACUACAUGUUUUAUGGUUUGGUCUCUACUCUUUCCAGCCAGCUUGAGUCGAGGGGAUAGAGGGUUGAGGGUAGAGGGUGGUGGUGGAGAAGAGGAGGUGGUGCAGCAGCAGCAGACUGGGUGACCCCCAUCCCAACCUAUGACUCACAGGCGGAGGCGGAGACUCCAUAUCGGAUCCACCACCGGGAGGACCGUCCCCGUCCACCGUCCCGUACGUUACUCUACUCUACUCGUCGGACCGCUCUGUGAGCACAGAAACACUCAUCCCGAUACCAGCUUUAAACGUUUUCCCUUUGUGUUGACGCCUUGUUUACAAUGUGAAGAAAAUGGCCGAGACAAGCUGUGAUUGGGUGGAGAUCCUGGAGCCACGCUCCCGUGAACGUAUGUAUGUGAACUUGACCACCGGCGAGUGCGGCUGGGAUCCCCCCUCGGGCGCUCCCGUCCGCCAGGCAGACGGCAACCAGUGGUGGGAGCUGUUCGACCCCCACAGUGGCCGCUUCUACUACUACAAUUCCACCGGGCGCCGCACAGUCUGGCAUCGACCCCAGGGAGCUGAUAUAGUGCCGCUCUCCCAGCUCCAGGCCAUGAGGCGAUGCAGUGAGGCCAAGCGGGCCGCAGGGGGCGUGGACAGACAACACCACCACGGGACCACGGGGAGCGUCAGCAGCGUAGGGAGCCAGGGGCGCUUCACACCUCUGCCCGAGCCGGACGGAGACAGCCCCGUCCCCAGCCCCGUCCCCAGAACCCCGGAGACCAACGAGGAGGCUGCCAACCUGGAGCUGGACCCGGCAGUGGACUGCAGACUGCAGGGAGACGGAAGCAGCUCCGAAAACAGCACCGACGGCGGAAAAGACGCACAGAGAGAUGCUUCUCAAAGAUGGCAGCCUGUACCUGGUUCUAAGGCAGCCAUGUUGGUGAAGGUGAACAGCAUGAGCCGUAGCCAGCCCAUCCCAACCUCGCAGCAGCAGCAGCAGCAGCAGCAGCAGCAGCAGCAGCAGCAGCAGCAGCACAGUGCACACAGCAAAACCAACACCUUCACCCUGCACCCAGCCAGCAACAAGACCCAAGGAGGACACUCUACCCAGGGAUAUAAAACUGCCCCUUCUGGCAAAAUGGCAGCUGACACACGUCAAGCUCAUCACCUGAGGAAAGCUAGCAACGGCAGCUUCUGUUUGGUGGCAUCAGACAGCAGCCAUCCCAGUCCGCUCCUUCACAGGUCGCAGACCAGCACGCCAUGCCCCGUCUCUCCCCAGUACGGUUGCACUACCCCAAUCUACGAUGAGCCAGUUACAGAAUGUCCCAUAUAUGAUGAACCGCCAACAGACAUGGAGGUGGAGGGGGCGCACCUGUACAACGGACAAUCCCUGUCUCGCCUCACACCUACCCAUAGCCUCCAAAAACCCAGACACCUCCAGCACCCGGGUUCCUCUCAUCCAGGGUCCAGACACAGGAGGAAUCCCUCUGCCUCUGACUACAGCCCAGCUGGUCUGGAGUGCAUCAAGCACAUGAUCAACGUGGACCCCAAACAGGGGCUCCUACCUGGCUCUCCUGUACCCACACGCACCCCUUCCCCUACCUCCAGGCAGGAUCCUGUCUUGCCCCAGCCUCAGCCACACCCCCAGCCCCAGGCCCACUCUUUGCCCCAGGCUCGAGGCCAGAUGAGGGACAGAGAGCCAGGGACCCCAGGCCCUAGUACACUGGACAAGAAGCAAAACUGGCGGGUCCUUGAGGCCACUGUCCAGCGCGCCAUGGAGGCACGACACAGCAGGCAGAGCAGCCAGGCCUCGCAGGACUUCCCCUCCACGACCCCCCAGGCCACGGCAAACUAUCAAGACUCUGGUUACUCCACCGGCCCCUCCCCAAGUCUGAGAAGGAAGAGCAGGAGGAGGGUGGGAGCUGGCGGCGUUGCAGGAGGCAGGCCGGGGUCGGUGGGCAGCACCGGGGAGCUGUGCGCCCUCAACGAGAAGCUCAUGGCCGAGAUGAGGGAGGUGGUGAGUCGCUCCAACACCAUGAGGGAGGUGAGAGCGGGGCUGGACCCGGAGGUGGGGGAGAGGGUCGUCGUACCUCGGACGCGCUCCCCUGCCGACUCUCUCAGGUGGUACGGAGGAGGGACGGGGGGGUCAGCAAGUAGGUGCGCAUCACGAGAGGAACUCAGCGGGGCUCCCCGGUCACUGAGUAGGGCAGGUAACCAUGGCAACCCUGCGCUGACCCCUCUGGAGAUACCAGGGAGGCAGAAAAGGACCUUUGAAAAGGUGGACACCUUGGAGAUGAGUGUGAAUAGCCUGGCCAGCCUGUCCUCACCAGAGACCCCAGGACCGCCCUCCCAGGCGGGCACCCUAGAGCUGCAGGCUCAGUUGGAGAGCAGGAAGAAAGGCAUGGUGGACGGGCGCACCGCCUCCCUGGGCCCUCACCGCCCUACCAACCACGACAUAAGAGAGGGAGGUGAUGGGGCGGGAGGAAGAGCACGGGGAUCCUCCUACCAGCUCUCCUACGCCACCCUGCGGCAGCCCCCACCUCCCGAAAUGGGCAUGGAGGACUGGGCCAGCAAGCACCUCAACAUGCACACGCAAGGCCUGUUCCGCCGCCGCGUCUCCAUCGCCAACAUGCUGUCGUGGAACCGCGGCUCCAUCAAAAAGCCCAUGCUGGUCACCAGCAACCGCGCCGUCAGGAAGGAGGCCUGCGAGAUGUUCAAGCUGGUGCAAGCCUUCAUGGGAGACAGGCCUUCGCGUCUGGACCGCCGCCACUGCGCCCUCCUCAUCGUCACCAAGUGCUGGGACAUGCCGGGGCUGCGGGACGAGCUGUACGUGCAGCUGGUGAGGCAGACCACGGGCAACGCCACCCCCAGAAGCUUGGCGGGAGGCUGGGAGCUGAUGGCCAUCAGCUUGGCGUUCUUCGCCCCUUCGCCCAAGUUCCGCUGUUACCUGGAGGGCUACAUCCAGAGACACACGGAUCCCACCAGCGACAAGAAAUGUGAGUCUCAGACUGAGCAGCAGGUGACUCAGUUCAUAUUAGAACAGCAGGAACUGAAGCUGAAGAAGAACUCAAAGUCCAGAAAGAAGCGGAAACAGAACUCAGAUGAGGAUGAAGGUUUGCCUAUCAGCACAUAUGCCAAGUUCUGCCAUCGGAAACUGCUGAAGGUGGCGAUCACCGGAGGCAAAAAGGGUCUACGUAAGCCCACGUUGGAGGAGAUCGACCACAGUAGGCGGGCCAUCGUCACUCCCUCCCUGUUUGGCAGCUCUCUGGAGGAGGUGAUGGAGAGGCAGAGCGAGCUCUUCCCAGAUAGGAAACUACCCUGGGUGCAGGUUCAGCUGUCCCAGUAUGUUCUGGCUCUGGGCGGGGCACAGACGGAGGGCAUCUUCAGAGUGCCUGGAGACAUCGAUGAAGUGAAUGCGUUGAAGCUCCAGGUCGACCAGUGGAGGAUCCCGGAGAAUCUCUCCGACCCAAACGUUCCUGCCUCUCUGAUGAAGCUUUGGUAUCGGGAGCUGGAGGAACCUCUCAUCCCGAUGAACUUCUACAAGCAGUGUGUCAGCCACUGCGACGACCCGGUGGCGGCCAUCGCCGUGGUUCAGUCUCUGCCUGAGCUCAACAGGCUGGUGCUCUGCUACUUCAUCCACUUCCUGCAGGUAUUCGCUCAGCCAUCCAACGUGGCGAUAACCAAGAUGGACGUGAACAACCUGGCCAUGGUGAUGGCCCCCAACUGCCUCCGAUGUCAAUCCGACGACCCGCGGAUCAUCUUCGAGAACACGCGCAAGGAGAUGUCCUUCCUGAGAAUGCUGAUCGUCCACCUGGAAACCAGCUUCAUCGAAGGCGUGGUGUAGACACUGUAAACCCGCAGAGCUCAGCAGCUGCAGUUACACAUUUACAAUCAUGCAUAAACACUGUUUCUGUUCAGACCACACUGGAAACUCUCGAGGUGAGAUAUUAUACCUCUUACAGCACAAGCGGUGAGAAAACAACUCGGACUUUGGACCCUUUGUUCUCGCUUUGCUUUCUUACUGAGAGACAAUACACAUCACCUUUUAGGUUCCACUGUGUUUUUUUGAUACUAAAAUCAACAGUGACGGCUUUAAAGUGGCUCACUUUACUGACUGUAUUUUCUAACCGCUGCAUGUGAACACAGAUUUAAUUUCUUACUGAAUAGGUAGUAAUACCGUUUCACAGGACAACUGGGCUGUGUAAAGUGAGAGUCUUACAGUAUUUACUUCAUUCACUUGCACAGAAAGACAGCGGUGUUUGGUUUCAUUCAAGUGUGUUUGUGUGUGUGCGAUUGUCAGAGUGUGAACGAAAGACACAGCCUUCCUUUACCAUGUACAGAAAAAUAGGAAAUAUAAAAAAGAACUCUUGUAAUGGUGUCUUAUUAAUAAGCUUGCCUGUGCUGUUUUGAUUCGUCGUGCCGAUAGCUGGUGUCCUCGCAUUUCAUUUUACGAGGCGCAAAAGAAGCCGCGCCGCCACAACUAUUCUCACUGAGUCUUCAUUUCAAAGCACAAACUGGAAGGAUGUGCAGGAAGCUCUUUGUUACAGGCGGUGGCGAUUUUCUACGAAAAUAAACUUGGAAGUGCUUUGAUUUUACAACUCAAAUGAAGCCGGACGAGUUUUGUAAUUACAGUUUGUGUCAUAGUGAUGUGGGAGGUUGGUAACUCAUCUGAUAAUACUCUUUCUCUAUAUAUAAAAACAAAAGUCUUUCAGUUGGAUUUGUGUUCUCUUUUGUUUGUGGUCUGUAUGUUUUUUGGCUCAGGUCUUCUGAUAAAACGGGUGUUGGAUGUGAUAACUGUACACGGCCUCCCUCAUAGACUGAACAUUUGAUUAAUCUACCACAAAGAUUGGAGAAUGGAGUAUUGUUCAACUGUCGAGCACUAUGAGAAUGUAGAUUUAAGCUCUCCCCGAUGUAAAUAAAUUAAUGGUGUAAAUAGUAUUAACUCUCCUUAAGUGUAUUCUAAUGAUCCAGGUUAAGGGUGAAGUUAAAUGUUGCUGUAAAGAGCAACAAAAAAGUGUUUUUGUAAUUAACAUUUCUCUGCUGUAACCGCCUGCCUUUUCAACAUAGGACUGAUUCAAACCACUUUCCAUGUGUGUGUGUGUGUGUGUGUACAUGUGUGUUUGCUUCUUGUUAUAAUAUGGAAUGAGUGUCCAUAAAUAAAGGUUUGUUCAAUUGUA